CGCGUACAAAUUUCCGUUCAAUCGAGUGUGCGUUGGAAAAAAACAACAAAAGAAAUAGUUUAAUUACAGUAAACUGUGCAGCAAGUAAAGCACAAAAAUAGCUAAAGAUAGCUGGCAAAAUAUUUGUUUAGAAAUUCGUUAAGAGGCGGUAAACUCGUGGACAAAUUCGAUUCGUUUACAUACCUCUUGUUGUGUGUGUUUCUUAUGUGCAUACAUACAUACGUUGCUUAAAGAGUUUCGCGUGCGUGUGUGUGUGUCUGUGUGCGUGCCCGCUUAUUUUCCCCCCCUUGCACUAACUGAACAACCGCGCCAAUCGAACGCCAAUUUCUAUGGUUUUUUUCAACAAUUAAUUCAACAAAUUACGCAAAAUAAUUCCCUUAAUCAAAAUGAGCAGCUCCGAGGAAGUCUCCUGGGUCACCUGGUUCUGCGGACUUCGCGGCAAUGAGUUCUUUUGCGAGGUUGAUGAAGAUUACAUACAGGACAAGUUCAAUUUAACUGGCUUAAAUGAGCAGGUGCCCAACUAUCGUCAGGCCUUAGACAUGAUAUUGGAUCUGGAGCCUGAAGAUGAGCUAGAGGACAACCCAUUGCAAUCGGAUAUGACCGAACAGGCAGCCGAGAUGCUGUACGGCCUCAUACAUGCUAGAUAUAUACUUACAAAUCGUGGCAUUGCUCAAAUGAUUGAGAAAUAUCAAACUGGCGAUUUUGGACAUUGUCCACGUGUCUACUGUGAGAGCCAGCCCAUGUUGCCUUUGGGUCUGUCUGAUAUUCCCGGCGAGGCAAUGGUGAAGACCUAUUGCCCCAAAUGCAUUGAUGUUUAUACACCAAAAUCAUCUCGUCAUCAUCACACCGAUGGCGCUUAUUUUGGCACUGGAUUUCCACAUAUGCUCUUCAUGGUGCAUCCCGAAUACCGCCCUAAACGUCCUACUAAUCAAUUUGUUCCACGUCUGUACGGCUUUAAAAUUCACAGCUUAGCUUAUCAAAUUCAGCUGCAGGCAGCAGCCAAUUUCAAAAUGCCACUACGAGCGCAACGAGGCCAGCCACCUAAGGACGAAGACCCUGAGAAUAAUGCCAUCGAAAGUUCAGUUCAAAAGCGCAUCUAAAGAAUAAAAUCAAACAAUUUGUGCUGAAGAGAAGCCGUUAUAACAAACAAACAAAAAUUAUAAAAAAAAAAACAAACAAACAAACACAAAACAACUACACAGUUAAAAUAUAUAUAAAACAUAGACCGGACCAACACGCUGUUAAGGAGAGUGCAGCUACAUUCAGACACAGAUACAUACACAUACACACACACAUACUAACAACUAGCUGGUUCAAGUGGCAGGCCUUGAUGAAAUUCAAUUCAAUUUAAACUUUGCAUUUUGUUUACUAAGCGCAGCGGCUAACUAAGCUGAGCUUGGAUUUCAAAAACAUUAGUGUUCAAAUGCCGUUGAUCCGACUACUAAACACACCUUAUCCCCACACCCACACACUAAAACACACACACACACACCUUGUGGUAAGGUAGAAACAAAUGGAAUGUAACUGGAAUUGCAUUGGAGAGAGAGACAGAGAGAGGGAGAGAGUCAGGGGGCAAGGAGAGCUCGAGCCAAGGAGAAUCCCGAAGCGAAACGAUAAUAUUUUCAGUCGAUCUUGCAUUUUAAUAGCUGAGAGUGCGUAUACUAAAUAAAUUUGUAUGCGUGCAUUAUGAAUUACAAAUUACACAUGUGUACACAAUAAACAAUAUAAAUAUAUCGUUAGCUUAUUUAUACACAUAUAUAUAUACAUAUAUUUAAAUACAAAAAGAAAUGAGAAGUGAAAAACAGAUAACAAGUAGUAGAGGAAGAAACAAUAUUUCAUGUAUUUUUUUAAUGUAUUUAAGCUUAGUCUAAUAAUGCCGUAUAAGUAAUACAACAACAUUGUAGAGAAUAUUGAAAUCGAAAAUCAUCUCAGUUUUAAAAACGCAAUGAAAACCAAAAAGAGAAAAACACGUGAAUGUGCAAGGAAAUGAAAAUUCACGGCCAGAGCAUUAUUCAAAAAAAAAAAAAAAGAAAAAAAACAGGAUUUAAAAAGUGAGAAAAA